AUGGCUAAAUACGAACUUCCCUUGCCGAUUAUUCCGGAUGAACUGCUACAAGAAAUCUUCCUGCGUAGUAGUGCCAAAGCUGUAGGGAGAUGUAUGUGCUUGAAUAAAUUCUGGUACCGACAGCUACGCCAACCAGAGACAUGCAUACACCACAUGCGAAGGCAGAAAGUGUUAGAUCAACAUGUUUUGUUUCAUGUUGGAUACUCACUACUGUUAAUGGAUUCCGAUUCACUAUAUAUAGUGAAUGCUGCUUCUGGAGAAGAGGUGAAUGUUCAGCAUCCUUUCGGAGUUGGCGUCCAUGGGUGGUUUCGUAUUGUCGGAGUGUCAAACGAGAACAUAUGUUUCAAGUUCUCUCGUGAACGAGACGACACAAGACUUUUGGUAUGGAAUCCGACAACACAAUGCUCUAGAGAAAUUUCCGACCCCCACAGGGACCACGGUAGAUCGUUUUUCCCAGUAUAUGGUUUCGGUCAUGUUCCAAACUCAGAUGCAUACACAGUCAUACAUAUGUGCAAAAGGGACAUAGCUGAUGCCUACGUUUUUUUCUCUAGAUAUUGUUCAAGGCGUUCUACAUGGUUUCACUGCGUUGAUUGUCUCCCUGGUGUAGAAAAAAUUGACCCUAACUCUGUUUUUAAUAAUGGUCAGGCGUAUUGGAUAACUGGUACAGGAGAUAGCUAUGCUACACCCAAGUCUGUUUAUGUUACAGUGUUGAAGAUGAAUCAUUUAGCGAGGUGUCUAUCCCUGUAG